AUGAUAUCAUUUUGCUAUAGGUGGAGCCCUAGAGGCCCCGGGGGGAGGAAAAUGCAAACAAAGAACAUCAACCUGAGCCGAGAUCAAAGUAACGACGACAACUGUGAACUGCAGAAAACAUGCCGCCAAGAUCUCCAGGGGCUUCCGAUCGAUGUGUCAGUGACCCACCAGAGCAUCCUGAAUCAAGUCACGAGGCCUACCAUCGGUUCCACGUAUCGCGGGUCUCUUACCCGAAGGCACACUCAAAAAUUAAUAAUUAAGCCCAAAUACUGGCUCAAACUGAGAUUAAAAACACCGGGACUUGGAAAGCAGGAAGCCAGUUAA